AUGAGUCUUAACACUGCUCUAUUCAUUCUUGUUGUAACAACAACAAUUGACGCUUCGCGUAUUUUCUAUCUUCCUUUACCAAAAAUACAUUCAUCACAUCAACGAAUAGAAACGCCAAAGCCUAUUGAAGAAACAACUAAAAAACCAAUAAGCGAUGAAUUUAUACCACCGUCAGUCAUUGAACAAGACGAGAUUGAAAGACGAGGAGACGAUUUUGACUGGGAAACAUUGAUAGAUCAAGAAGCGCCAAUAAAACGUCGAAUAACUGUCAAUGAAGUUUUACCUGAAAGCCCUAAAUCAUUGCCUGAAGGAUUUCCAUUUGAGGAACCGAUUAAAAGUAAAGUGAACGAUGAUAGUGAAAUACAAGCAACCGUCAACGAAAAAUCUCAACUUAAUAAUCAGCAACUUCUUGAAGAACCAUGGAUGGCAGAUAGCGCUCAUGCACGCGCUGAACGUUUACAGUCGAAUCCAGCGCUAAAUGCUAUUGAAAGAAAACAACGCCGUAAUGAUACAUUAUUCAUUAUGGUUGUUGGAACAUGCUGUUUAGUCGGUGUUGUGGGCCUCAUUGCGGCAGCUAUUUUCUGGUAUAAGAUUCAAAAGCGAGCGGAAGCAGCAAUCGAUGCAGAAUAUCCAUCGUACGGUGUUACAGGACCUAAUUCUACUGUUAGUAAAAUCUCGCCGAGUUCAACAAUGUCUGAUCGAAAAUUGGCUCAAAGUGCACAAAUGUUUCAUUAUCAACAACAACGGCAACAAAUGAUGGCGCAAGAAAAAGCUCAUCUAGAUGCAAAACCAGUACAUUCAGAUGAUUCCGACGAUGAAGCACCAGCUGGUGGCGAUUAUACAGUAUAUGAGUGUCCUGGUCUUGCUCCUACUGGAGAAAUGGAAGUUCGCAAUCCGCUGUUUGCUGAACCUGAUUCAUCAUUAAUAUCAUCAACACCGAGCUCAAAUCCAGCAAUAAACAAUCAUUAUCCUCAACUAUCAUCAUCACCAACCAAAGAGAAAGUAUUGCCUUGA